AUGCUUGGAGGGCGUGUGAAGACUCUGCAUCCAGCUGUCCACGGUGGAAUUUUGGCUAGAGAUACUGAACAGGAUCGUCAGGAAAUGGAGGUAAGGGGCCUGUGGGCAGAUGAGUGCGCGAUGACCCUCAUUUUACAUGCAUUCCGUCGCACGCUGGUUUGCCUUGAAAUCCUAAUCAUCUUCCUUCCUAAUCAUCUUCCUAAUGUGCUCGGAAGUGCCAUACAUCCCAUUUCUCAUUCAUGCCUCUUUCAACAAUGAUC